AUGGAUUGCUUUAAAAAUUGUGGUCAAAACUUGGGUUCAAACAAUGAACAGAAAAAAAUCAAUAAAAUGAUUGAACAGCGAUUAAAAAGAGACGAAAAGUCUGCCAGACAUGAACUCAAACUACUAUUGUUGGGAACGGGAGAGUCCGGUAAAAGUACUUUUGUUAAACAAAUGCGAAUCAUUCAUAACAGAGAUUAUAAUGAAUUAGAAAAGAGAGGAUUCAUUGAUUAUGUCUACCAUAACAUAAUAGUCGCCAUACAGACCAUUAUCAAUGCUAUGAGUGAUUUAGACAUCAAAUAUGAUAACGACAUCAACGUUAUGAACGCAAACUAUUUGAUGACAAUUAAUGUUGACUAUAAUAGCAAUCGUGUGUCCAAACUGUCGCCCGAAGUGGUGAAAGCCAUCAGAGAGUUAUGGCUGGACUUUGGGAUUCAGACGUGUUAUAACCGGAAAAAUGAGUAUCAAUUAAGCGAUUCGGCAAAGUAUUACUUUGACUCAGUUGACAGACUCUCAUCACCCGAUUAUAUUCCCACCCGAGAGGACAUACUCCGUGUCCGUAUACCGACCACUGGUAUCAAUGAAUACACUUUCGACUUGAAUGUCGUUCGCUUUCGUGUCGUUGAUGUCGGUGGUCAGCGAUCAGAGCGCCGCAAAUGGAUCCACUGUUUCGAAAGCGUCACAUCAAUCAUAUUCUUGGCGGCACUCAAUGAGUACGACCAGACACUGUACGAGUGUCAACAAAACUGUGUCCAAAAUCGUAUGGAAGAAUCACAAAAGCUGUUCCAAGUGAUCAUCACAUGCGAGUAUUUCUUCAAAUCUUCAGUCAUACUGUUUCUCAACAAAAAAGAUUUGUUCGAAGAGAAGAUCCAAUACUCACAUCUCGUCGAUUACUUUCCCGAAUACGACGGUCCGGUCAAGAAUGCCCAGACGGCCGGCGAAUUCAUACUCAAUGAGUACAACAAUUUGAAUCAAUUUGCAGACAAAGAGAUCUAUAGUCACUUCACGUGUGCCACCGAUACUGAAAACAUACGACUCGUGUUUAACGCCGUCAAACAUACCAUUCUUCAGAUACAUCUCACGGAUUUUAUGUUGGCUUAG